AGAACAUUGCGGAUCGGGUCGGCGCCAUUUUGGGACUGAGACUGGUUGUGGGGGAGGGAAAAGCGGCAAAAGGGGAUUAUUCAAAGUACCGAAAACCUCCUCCCGGGAUCGAACGCAGCGGUACCCCAGGCCAGGGGCACCUCUGGUGGGGUAGAAGGUGAUUGAAUUACUCAGAUAUGAAGAUCGUCUUCUAGGUUUUGUGUAAAAGGCCCUGGAUAUUUGAAGUGGCCUUUUGGAAUUACAGUGGGUUUGGAUAUUUUUGCCACAGAAGUUUAUUAAAAUUGGCAAGAAUCAUCUGUGAAGUAAAUUGGUAACAGUGAACAAUUCAAGAAGCUACUUCAGUAUUUUCGUUCAAACGGAUUAUAUAAUCUGUUAAAGUAUUUCAGCUGGUGGAAAUUUGUCUCUUACCCCCUUCCCCCAUUGGUGUUCUUCAGCCAAAACUGUAAGAUAUGUUUGAUUUGUGUACUGAGUAGUUUCAGCAGUUUCAAAUUACUCUUUAAAUAUUGCUGAAGUUUCAUGGUAGUUUAUUUUUGCUUUUAUUGAAAGUUUUAGGAAUUUUUGAUCUCAGCCUGUUUCAUAUCACAAUGGGACAGCUUUUCUAAAUGAAGACGUUGAAAGAAUACAGAGUUUUUUUCCUUUUAUCUUUUAUUUACGUGGAAAUUUAAGAUGUUGCAGUUUCCCAGCAGCAUGGUAGUAUCGAGAUAGCUGUGUGUCUCGCUGUAUAUGCUGAUGUUUAGGAAUGCUCUUCAGAUGUGAAAUUUUCUUUUUGUUUUUGCUUUUUGGCUCAUAAAUUGGAUAUUUCCUGUGGAGUGGAUAAGUACAACAGUGACAAGUACAUGGAAUAAUAAAGAAGACAGGCCUCAGAAGACUUUGUAAUCUUAAAUUCAAGGAACUUGGCUAAUUCUGGAGAUAGCCAUAUGAAAACUUUACACAAGUAUGGGUAGCUGACUUGAAGAAACUCUAUGUCAAAUAGUCAUAGGUUAAGGCUCUUCAAAGAACUUGGGAAUUAUUUCAGAGGAUACAAAAUAAAAAAACAAACUGGAAAGCAUAAAGAUUACAGGGGAAAAUCCAACACCUUCCUGUGCAGUCCUGUUGAAAUUUUUUUCUUCAUUAAGCUGAUUGAAAUAACUGCAUAUGAAGGCUCUUUGUCACUUGUAAAGUGUAAUACAGAAUUUAUUGGGAUGUUCUUUGUGGUCUAAGAUGGAUUCUUGAAGGGACUUGCCAUGAGGUGUUGAAGCCUUGUUUCACUGAGUCGGAGAGACUGGACCUAAAUGGCGCAGCAUGACUUUGCUCCAGCCUGGCUUAAUUUUCCUACUCCACCAUCAUCAACAAAGUCAUCACUGAAUUUUGAGAAGCAUUCUGAAAACUUUCCAUGGACAGAAAAUCGUUAUGAUGUGAAUCGUCGACGACACAACUCUUCAGAUGGCUUUGAUUCUGGUAUUGGGCGUCCUAAUGGAGGUAAUUUUGGAAGGAAAGAGAAAAAUGGAUGGCGUACGCAUGGAAGAAAUGGUACUGAAAACAUAAAUCAUCGAGGGGGAUACCAUGGUGGAAGUUCCCGCUCUCGUAGCAGUAUUUUCCAUUCUGGAAAAAGCCAAGGACUACAUGAAAAUAACGUAUCUGACAAUGAAACUGGGAGGAAAGAAGACAAGAGAGAAAGAAAACAAUUUGAGGCUGAGGAUUUUCCAUCUUUAAAUCCUGAGUAUGAGAGAGAACCAAAUCAGAAUAAAUCUUUAGCUGCAGGUGUAUGGGGCCUACACGCCCAGACACACACAUACCCAACCAAAAAAAUCUCCCAAGCUCCUCUCUUAGAAUAUCCUCCGAAUCCUAAAUCUAGAGCUCCAAGAAUGCUGGUCAUUAAGAAAGGUAAUACAAAAGACUUACAGCUCUCUGGAUUCCCAGUAGUAGGAAACCUUCAGUCACAGCCAGUUAAGAACGGGACUGGUCCAAGUGUCUAUAAAGGCUUAGUCCCAAAACCUGCUGCUCCACCUACAAAACCUACACAGUGGAAAGGCCAAACUAAAGAAAAUAAAGUUGGGACUUCUUUCCCUCAUGAGUCUACAUAUGGUGUUGGCAACUUUAAUACUUUCAAAUCAACUACCAAGAAUUUUAGUCCAUCAGCAAAUUCAGUGAAAGAGUGUAAUCGCUCAAAUUCCUCUUCGCCUGUUGACAAACUUAAUCAGCAACCUCGCCUAACCAAACUGACACGAAUGCGUACUGAUAAGAAGAGUGAAUUUUUGAAAGCAUUGAAAAGGGACAGAGUAGAAGAGGAACACGAAGAUGAAAGCCAUGCUGGCUCAGAGAAGGAUGACGACUCGUUUAAUUUGCGUAACAGCAAUAGUACUCACCAAGAGAGGGAUAUAAACCGAAACUUUGAUGAAAGCGAAAUUCCACAAGAGAAUGGCAAUGCCUCAGUGAUUUCCCAACAGGUUAUUCGUUCUUCAACAUUUCCACAAACUGAUGUUCUUUCAAGUUCACUUGAGGCAGAACACAGGUUGUUAAAGGAGAUGGGCUGGCAGGAAGAUAGUGAAAAUGAUGAAACUUGUGCUCCCUUAACUGAGGAUGAAAUGAGAGAAUUCCAAGUUAUUAGUGAACAGUUACAGAAGAAUGGUCUGAGAAAAAAUGGUAUUUUGAAAAAUGGCCUGAUAUGUGACUUCAAGUUUGGACCCUGGAAAAACAGCACUUUCAAACCCACUAUUGAGAAUGAUGACACAGAGACAAGUAGCAGUGACACAUCAGAUGAUGAUGAUGUGUGAAGGAUUUCCUAACAGCUUUAGAAAUUAUAGUGUGAUACAUCUCUCAUACAGUUUGGGGUGAAUUGUAAAAAUGAAGAACUAUAAUUUAUGUAGUAAAAUACCCCAUUAGAAGACGAUUUUUGGGGGGGACUUCAGUAUGAAGAAAACCAAGAAUGUUGUGUUGGGCUGUGUUGAACAUUGUUUCUUUGUAAAUGAAUGUUGUAGAAAUGAGGACUUUGGUUGAUCCAACAUUGACUUUCUUCAUCACUGCAGCAUUUCUCUGACUAGCAAUGUGACGAUGUAACAAAUGAGAUUUUCUCAUUUAAUAAUAAAAACAAUUGUGUAAUGUUUUGCAAAGCUUCUGUCUUAAAAUGUCCAGGUCUUAAGAAAAAAAGGCAGCUUACACUGUUUUGCUUGCAGAGUCAUAUCUUUUUCGUACAAUGGAAAUUCUCAAGUUCACUUUGUGCUCCACAAAACAAGGACAAUGUAGCAUGUUGGCUAAAACUGGAGCAAAGUGCAGUAAAACAUUAAUUUCCUGAACUCAGCUGUUGUACUAGUCACCUUUUAAAACAUAAAUUGCUCUUUAGCCAUUCGUAGUACAGUAAAUGUUACAGGAAAGACUUGCCACACUUCCUUCCAAAUUUAAAGAGUGUUUUUCAAGAGCUUUAUUUGGGGAUGUUGUCACACCAAGAUUUUCAGAGUUGAUGGAAAAGAGUCUUGUGGAAAAACUUAUUUUGAUAAAUUAUUACACAUGCAGAAAAACUGAUCACAGUGACUGGCUCUGUCCACAACAUGGAAAAUAAACUGGAUUUUCAGAAAAUUGUCUUUCUUUGUAGUGUUCAAGGUAUUGGUCUCCAGAUAGAACAUGCUCUACUCAUUUAUUGAAACAAAGCAUACUUACGUUAUCAAAGAUGGCGAUUACUUUCUGAGUUGAGAAAAAGAAUGCAUGGGAAACAACCUUUUCCUUAUCGACUGCUUUAACAAGCUUAUUGAAUGAAUGUUCGCUUUAUUUUGAUUUGCACAUUAAUUUUAGAAUCAUUUCUGUUUUACUGCUGACUGGAAGAAUCUUUGUGUAGUUGUAUUUUUAUUUUUCUAGUUUGUUUCUCCCUAUUUGCUUUUAGUUUUCCCUAUCUUCCAUGUUUAAAUAUAUCUUAAUUGUAAAGAGCAUAAUCUUAGAGCAAAAAUGCUCUCUGGGUUUUAUGACAGAUUGUUCUAAUCCUAAGAGAGUUUAUUUUUUAAAUUGUGUUUCACAGAAGGCUAGUGUUUUUGCUGUUUCCGCCUCAACAAGGGUGUUACCCAACUCCCUAGCUUUCACCAGGAACCAGAAUUUUUUUUUUUUUUUUU